AUGAAAUUUAUAUAUAGUUUUUUAAUUUUAAUUUGUAUUUCAAUCAUUACUGUCAAGUCUCAAGAAGAAAGCUUUAAAUAUAACUAUUUUCAUAUUAAAAAAGAUGGAGACCCAGAGUUUUGUAGAACCCAUGAAGAGGGUGACUAUUCAAUAGUAGAAUUAUCUGAAUGCAAACGUGGUUGUCAAGGUUACAUUAGAAUAUAUUCCAAAUAUUUAUUUAAUUUAAUCGAUAUUCAUUUUAUUUUUCCCAAUUUAAUGAAUGUAAUGAUAAAAGGGGUCCCAUCCAAUGAUUUUAUCAAAAUUGGUGCAUCUGGCUUCAGUGUAUUAUGUAGCAACAUUAAAAAUAUCACUACACCAACACCAUCAGAAACACCCACAAUAACAGAAACACCUAAUGAAACUACCACACCCAAACCAACACAAUCAUUAUCACCAUCUCCUACACCAAAACCAACAGAAACCGCAUCUAACAAUCCAACAGAAUCACCAGCUGGUAAUGGUUCUCUUAAAAUUUCAAUUUCUUUAUCUCUAUUAGAUCCUUCAAUACAGGUUAAUCUAGAAAAGAUUUCAAAAACAUGGGUACAAGGUAUAAUUUUAGACAAAGUUAAAAUGAUUAAUAAAUCAUUGUUAUCAUUGACAAAAGCAGAAAUCAAAAUCAAAAGUCCCAAAGGUUAUAUUAAAGAGUUUGAUAGUAAUUACAGUAGCAGUGGUAGUGGAUUAGUAUCAGAUUACCUUAAUUAUAUAAAUGCCCUAUUAUUGGCAUUAAAGAUAGAAUAUGGUUGUACUGAAGAGAAAAAACCUGAUAAUUCCGAGGAGAGAAAGAAUUAUAAACUAUAUAAGAAUUAA